CGUGCUCUCUUCAUUAGGUGGAUUCUAGCUAAUCCUCCUUUGUUUCCCUUUCUGUCCUCGUUUUCUAGGGUUUCGACUCAUUUUCUCAGAUCUAUGGCGUCUGCUGAAGUUGAAUUUAGGUGCUUCGUCGGGGGGCUCGCAUGGGCUACCGACAGCGAGGCCCUUGAGAAGGCCUUUGCUCCCUUUGGCGAAAUCGUCGAAUCGAAGGUUAUUAACGACCGCGAGACUGGCAGGUCGAGAGGGUUCGGAUUCGUAACCUUCUCGUCUGAGCAGUCCAUGAGAGAUGCUAUCGAGGGAAUGAACGGCCAGGACCUUGAUGGCCGUAAUAUUACUGUGAACGAGGCUCAAUCCCGGGGCCGAGGUGGCGGUGGAGGCGGUGGGUAUGGCAGUGGCGGAGGCUACGGAGGUGGUGGAUAUAGCCGUGGUGGAGGCGGAUACGGGGGCGGGGGUGGAGGCCGCCGUGAAGGUGGAUACAACCGUAACGGCGGCGGAGGCUACGGUGGAGGCGGUGGCGGCUACGGUGGUGGUUAUGGCGGUGGGCGUGACCGUGGUUAUGGCGACGGUGGAUCUCGGUACUCCAGAGGCGGAGGUGCUUCUGACGGAAGCUGGAGGAGCUAGGCUUCUCAGAUGUCGUUAGUAUCAGCUGUUUUGAGUUCCGAGUUCGAGGGAUCUGUGGGUUGGGGUGGGGUUUCUAAUUCUGUUCUAGUGGUUACUUCUGGUUGUUCCGAUGUCCUGGUUUCCGAUAUUUCCGAUAUGGGUUCGUGUUCCUGUGGUUCUCGUUUUUUGACCUCUGAAUUGUGUACUGGCUGUUUAUAAGCGAUCAAUAUAGUCAGAAAUUCAGAAUUUCUUCA